UUCAACCCCUUAAAUGACAAUAACAAAAAUGGAGCAGGAUCUCCCUCCUGGCUUCAGGUUUCAUCCCACUGAUGAAGAACUCAUCGUCUAUUACCUUUAUAACCAGUACAGAUCAAAGCCAUGCCCUGCUUCUUUCAUCCCAGAAGUUGAUAUCUAUAAAUUCGAUCCUUGGGACUUGCCCGAGAAAGCAGAGUUUGAAGAGAAGGAAAGGUAUUUCUUUAGCCCACGAGACAGAAAGUACCCUAAUGGAGUGAGACCUAACAGAGCCACUGUGUCUGGGUAUUGGAAGGCCACUGGGACGGACAAGGCCAUACACAGUGGGUCCAAGCAUAUUGGGGUGAAGAAAGCUCUGGUUUUCUACAAAGGGAAGCCACCAAAAGGGGUCAAGACUGGUUGGAUCAUGCAUGAGUAUCGUCUCGUUGAAUCCAGGACUUCAUCACAAGCCAGAAACAAGCAUGUUGGGUCCAUGAGAUUGGAUGACUGGGUUCUGUGCAGGAUCUAUAAGAAGAAGAAUACGGAGAAGACGACGAUGGAGGAGAAAGAGGAAUUUCCCGCUACUGAGAAUCGUAAAGAAACAGCUACAGGGAAUAAUUAUCAGAAGAAUGAGCAAGAAAUGAUGAUGAUGAUGAAGCUUCUUCCAAGGACCUUUUCGAUUGCUCAUUUUGUGGGAAUGGAUAAUUACCUGGGUUCAUCAGUUUCACAGAUAUUUCCCGAAGCACGUUACAAUUCAACGUUUGAUCUUCAAAAUAACGCUUCGUCCAAUUCUGGAAUAGUGGAAUCCUUUGUCAAGCCUCAGAUAUUUCCAGACCAUAAUUAUGCACAAGAUUCUACAGGAAGUUUUCAAGUGAUGAAACAGAGUGGCGAGCAGCCAAUGUUUGUGAACCAAGUGCAUGCUGAUCUUUGAGGAUAUAUAUGACCAAUGAAGAAUAUAUGAUUGAUUGGAUUAUUAAUUUAGACAUAAAUCAAAAUGGAUCAACGUCAUUCAUAAGAUUCUUCCUGGACAUAUCUACUAUGUUACCACAGGAAUCCACACGCGCGCGCAAAACAAGCCAGGCUUCUUUUGGUUAAAAUUUGUAUAAGUGACUUUUAUUCCAACUGAUUUUGGUAAAAUGAGGUUGGGAUAAAAAUCAAUGAGCAUAAUAUGAUUUAUAUUUAGAUA